AUGAAGAAAGUCAACAAUACCACGGAGAAUGAAAGCAGCUCCCCCACAUUGACUCGCGUCCGCGAUAAUCAACGGCGAUCGCGUGCUCGUCGCAAGGAGUAUAUUCAAAGCCUCGAGCAACGGCUACGAUCUUUUGAAAGCCUUGGAGUUGUCGCAUCCAAGGAAAUCCAGCAAGCAGGGAGAAAGGUUGCGAAAGAAAAUGCUCUUCUCCGAUCACUGCUAGUGCUUCGUGGGGUGACUCAGGAUGAAAUCGAAACCUUUCUCAAGUCACACACAGAAGAUACUCCACGAGUUGUCCCAAGCCCAGCAUCUGCAAUAAGUCGUCCCGUAACGCCAUCGCUUGGGCCAUCUAUAUAUUUUGGCGUUUCACAAGAGAUUUCCGAUGAGAAGUCAAACACUUUACCGAUCGCCCAAGAUAUCGAUGAACGCCAGGUCACUUUCCAUGGCCCACCUAUUGAAGUUCGUACAUUUGCCAAUGGGCAUGAAUUGACAAUGAACCAAACUUCAACACCACAGCCGGCCAACAUACCUGCGAAUAUAUCGGCAGUCCAACAAUUCAAUAGAGCCCAUCGUGAGAAAGGUCAUUUCACAUCGUGCGAGAGCGCCGCCAGGAUGAUUGCCAGUUUGCGAGGCGAUAGCGAUACCCAUGACCUACGAUCGGAGCUUGGCUGUGGUGGGGAAGCAAGUUGUAUGGUCAAAAAUUUGAAUCUCUUCGAGAUGCUCGAUAAAUAA